GACGCACAUUCUUUACCCUACUCUCUCUCUCUCUCUCAAAAUAGAAGGAAAAUCCGGUCAUUUAUUAUUUAUUUUAAAAAUUCCUUUUCGUAUAGAAGAAGUUCUCUCUCUCUCUCUCUCUCUUCGACUACUUGUUUUCUCAACUCAGUAUCGGACGCUUUUUUCGACUCAGUCGGAAUCGCUCCGUUUCAGAGGUGGACCAGGUGGUUUACAGUUGCAGGGGCUGAGUCAACUUGGUCACACAGUCCUAUGUUUGUGUAUUUGAGUUGCAUGUGGUGGAUUUUCCAUGGAAACAGUGGUUGGAGUUGAGGGGAAUGAUGAAGGGAAGGUUGAAGAAACUGGGGUUGAGAAAGGUAGCUCUGCUCUGUCUUCGCCAAAGCAGAUUGCCGAUCCGGUUGUCUACAAGCUUGUCCGGGUUGAAGGAGAUGGGAGAUUAGUGCCCGCGACAGAUGAUGAAGUAAUGGAGGUUGAGGAUUUUCUUGAAGAUGACAAGAGUGAAAUGCAUGAGGUUGCUGACAGUGGGCAGACUGUAAGGAACAUAUGCAAUGGAGGGUCAUCCUCUGGGAAGAAUCAGUUAGAAAGCUCAGGUUUUUUAAAGUCCGAGGACUCAGAAGCUGAUGCUGGUAAAGUAAAUGCACAGCUUGAGGAAAGCUUUCCUUUAUCAGACCCAAGUUUGAAUGACAACCACAUCAAUCAAUCUGGAAGCACUGGGGAGUGCUCCAAGCCUCCUGAUAAAAUGGCAGAAAGUGGAUCAUCAGCUUCUGCUCUCUGUACUGGUUCUAGUUCAAACCCUGAUUUUUCCAAGUUAGAGGGAGAAAUUUGCUUGGACAGACUAUCAAUCAGAGAGCUCCAUGAAGUGUUCAAGGCAACAUUUGGGCGAGAAACUACUGUCAAAGACAAGCUGUGGCUUAAAAGAAGGAUUGCCAUGGGAUUGACCAAUUCUUGUGAUGUAUCAACCACAACCUUCACAAUUAAAGAUAACAAAUUGGUGACGAAAGCUGAAGAAGAAUGCAAUCAGAAUGUGGAUGGUUCAGUCACCCAGGAUCUAGCAGUUAUAGCAACCGAUGUUAGCUGCAAAGACUCACCAGCUAGCCAUGAUAGCCAAGUGGAAGAUCAUCAAAUUGGUUAUGGCAAGAAAUUGAGAAAUCAUAGUAUUGAACUUGAUAGUGGAAGUGAGCAUCUUCCAUCGGAACAGAGAGGAGCCAAAAGAAUUCGGAAGCCCACCAGGCGAUAUAUUGAAGAACUAUCCGAAGUAGAAUCCAGAGAUUAUAGCCCAAGGUUGAUGAGUUCACCUAAGAAUGCUGGACUUGGACAGAUGUCUCCAAAAUCUUGUCUCAGGCCUGUUAGAAAUGUGCUUUCAGAUGGGAGAACUGUUGUCACCAGGUUGGACUCUCUUGGAGGAUCUGGUGUUCAGGUUCCGUUUGUUUCUCGGGUCCGAAGAAGCCGUCCAAGGAAAAAUGUCAUGGCUCUUAUGACAUUCCAUCCAAGUGGCAUGGACAUGGCAGCUAAAUUGGUAAAGAAGGCCCUUGCUCGUAGUUCUCUAACAGAUGAUGAUAUUGGGGACAAAGUUUUGAAAAAGAGGUCUUCUGCCGAACAGAUUCAGCAGCCGUUUUUGGCUGAAGUAGAGAAAGAUAGGCAGCCUUCAGUGAUGGGCAGAACUGAAGGAGGGGAAAAUUUGGGACUGAGACAGACAGAUUCGUCUGGGGAUAAUUCAGAUGAUAACGUAGUAACUGUUCCUACAGCCAAAGGUGGAAGGAGAAGGAAACAUCAUCGAGCUUGGACUCUUGUUGAGGUUAUGAAAUUGGUUGAGGGUGUAUCUAAGUGUGGACCUGGGAGGUGGUCUGAGAUCAAACGACUUGCUUUUGCAUCGUAUUCAUACCGUACAUCCGUUGAUCUGAAGGACAAGUGGAGGAACCUGCUAAAAGCUAGCUUUGCACAGACACCUUCAGAUGACGGGCGGAAGCCUACUUCAAUGCCCAUCCCUGAGCCAAUUUUGGUACGAGUGAGAGAGCUUGCUGAGAUGAACGCACAGGUUCCUCCAAAUCUUAGCUCAAGCCAACCGGCUGUGGGUAGUAGAAAUUUGCAUGAAACAAGAUCCGGGUACUUGUAACAUUGUAAAUAAUAUCAUUUUAGCUGUCCAAAAAGAAAUAAAGAUUCUAAUCUGUAUGCGUUCUAGAAUUGGUUCCCUUUGAUACUUAUUUUCAUGAUGCUUUGUAUGGAUGGUUGGUUAGGCAUCAAGGAAGUUUACUAACAGAGAUAUGAGAACAUUGUUAUUUUCGUUUUUAAUAAGUGGAUUAGUUGAUUUAUGUAGCAA